AUGCGACUGCAGCUGCCGGCUCUGGAAGCUUGCAGGAAACGCCGGCGCGAAGGCGAAGGAGGGGAGGCCGCGCCUGCCCGCCCUCGCAGGCGAAGGAGGGGAGGCCGUACCUGUCCGCGCGCCUGCCCGCGCGCCACCGCCGCUGGACCGGGACAAAGUGAUGAAACACUUUGCGGACGAACUGACCGCGGCGGUCCACGAGUCGGGCGGCAUCAGCAAGGUCUGGUUCCCGAGGGGGCGGAUCGUCUUGGGACGAGAAGCAGGCCGAGCCCUGCGCGAGCUGUUGAGACAGCCGGUCGAGCAGCCAUACGAUGUCAGGAGCCGCACACGUACUCCGCUCAAGGACAUCGCAGGUCUGAUCCGAUACCGGCUUCAGAAGCGGCUCGGGAAGCCGCCAUCUGCGUGGGCAGAGGUGACCGCAAUGGACUUCGAGACCGCGGUGAACACGCUUCGGACACGCCACGAUGCUGGCACCUGGCUCACACUGCUGCAUAGCUGCCUUCCGUAA